AUGGCGUGUCAGUGUAGAAGAAAUUUACCCCGACAGGAAAACUUGUACGUAGAUGUGGGCGAAGGGGCUUUAUUAAAUUCAAAGAGGACAUAUUCAACACAAGCAGAUUUGGCGAUCCGGUCACGUCAAGUUUAUUACACAUUAGUACCGAAUCCUGGAUUAAAAUCCCACUUGAAAUCUAUGCCGGAAUGGAAAAAGGAAGGAUUGAGACUGAAUAUAUUUCUCUUGGAAGAAGCGGCAAACAUGUGUGGUUUGAAUGGCCAGAGACUCUCAAAGUGGUACUCGGUCAGCAAAUGGGCAAAGAAAAAUAACAGCCCACUAAGCCUGGAAGAAUUUCAAUGGAUAGUGGAACGUUACGCACAAGUGGACAGGGACACAGAAAAUAUUCGUUCAUUAGUCGUAGAAAAUUUAAAGAAAAAUGGCAGACGAUACAGGUUGGACCUCAAUGAUUCGAAUAACUACCGAUUAAUAAAUCCAAAAUACAAGCCAAGAUGUGAAUCAAAGGUUAAAAGACCUUACUGCCCAUGCGUGGGUUGGGUGGAUCCAAUGGUGUACAAAGUAAUGGAUCGGGCAGAGGAAAUGCUGAAAAAAAACAAAACGGUCAUUACUGUCAAGACAGAUACCAGCAAGUUCUGGCAGAUAUAG